AGAAGAGGGAACAAAAAGGCUCUUUAUUUUUUUAUGCAGUUAUGAUUAAUGCCAACACAUAAGAAGUGACAUGAUCAAACAUAGGCUCAAAGUUUUAAUGAAUUGUUCUAGAUUAAUGACCUUACCUUCCCAUCAUAGGAGAAAACCAGUUCCUGUUUAUUAAUCCAGGACAAACUUGUCAUUUUUUGAUUUAUUACAGCAGUGGUAUGAUAUAAAAAGGUGUAAGAUUGUCUGUUCAGCCACUGGUCAAGUCCUUACCUUUCCUGCAUCUGCACCUGCUUUAGCUGGAUAUUGCAAACAUUUACAACAUGGUGUGUUUGUUGAGAGUGUGUAUUCUCCUCUUCAUGGUGGUCUCCUGUAGCGCCGAGUGCUACAUUCAGAAACCUGAAGUUGAUUUGUUAUCCCCCGAAGACAUAAUAGACCAUCUACAAGGUUGUGUCGACUCAGAGGGAGAAACUCAUGACUUCGACUCUGAGUGGCAGAAUGACUGUUACAACUGUCUCUGUACGCAGUCUGGCAUUAGAUGCUGUAACAAGAUCCCAACAGGAAUAGAACACCCUGAGGAAUGCGAGAUGGUUGUUGACAAAACAACCUGCUCUUUCUCCCUAGUACUUGUUUCAGACCACAGCAAACCGUGCGAAUUUGCCUAACACAACUGAAAGCAAUCACGUUUCUGUGGAAUAAGUCUCAGAUUGGGUGAAAAGACUUACAAAUACAAUAAAGGCUUAACUUUAUAAUCUUACACAAUAAAAUGAUUUAUCUGGCUUUCUCUGGAUUUUAAUACACUGUAAAUGUGCAGAAUUAUUCACCUAUAAAUUUGCAAAUAUUUUUCUUCGCAAGUAUUCUUUGCUGGUUCUGAAGUGUCUAGCUUGAGUUCAGAAAUAGAAUUGACUUUUUACAUUUUUUUUAGGUUGUUUGUGGUCUAUUCACUACAAUGUAUUUUUCGGCUCUAUAUCAAUAUUCAUGACAUUUAUUUGAAAUGUGCUGUAUGAAUGUUAUUUAAGCGCAUUACUGAAGUUUUUUUCUGUUUCUUUGUUGCUUUUGCUAUAAAAGUGAAUGCAAAGUUUUUCACUCUGUUUUUAUGUUUUGUGGCAAAGCAAGGAUUUUGCAUGUGUAUGAUUAUUGUAUGGCAACUGUCUUUUUUGUCAAUUUUUAGGCCUACUUAAUUGUUAACUUUUAUUUGACUUGGCUGAUGUAAAAAUAAAUAAAUAAAUAAAUAAAACAUCACA